GAACAGAAGAGCAAACGUUCGAUGCGUUAAAGACAAAUAGGGGAGGACAAAAGGUGGGAAAUUUCUCACUCAUUUUUUUUGCGAAAAAGAUUGGCCCUUUUUUGGCCCACCUCUUCCUACUCCACUCACUGCAUUCUCCGUCCACCUCUACGCUCCCCACCCCCCAAAUGGCCAUCAAAAUGAAAACAACCUUCCCCCCCUGAGCGAACCAAACAUGAGCGAACCGAAGAUGAGCGCUUUACCCAGAAGUAAAACGAGCAGCGUGUGUCAAAUUCGCAACGUGCGUGAGCCCCAUGAGCACCUGUGUGAGGGCCUGCACCAGUCACCCCCAUAUAAAAGAAGCAAAACGGAAGAGUCUCACCAUUUUAGAGGCGCGAACAACUGGGAAAGAAGCUCCACCAGUGAGGUGCAGAUAAAAGGACGUCUCUCCUCCGAAAGAGAACACAUAGACAAGGAAUCUCCCCUCCCCAAGGAUGACCCCACAAAUUGCCCAGACCCACAAAAUACCCCCAAGGAGGAAACCCAAAUUAAGAAAAACAGCAUCGAUUUUGACACCUUCAACGAGAGCAUAUUCAACGUGAGUAUUGAGCUCGGCGAGAGAGACCCAGGGGAAGGUCCCGAAUUUGAAUGCACAUCAGAGGGAACGGAGGAGGAGGAAGAUAGAGAGGAUGAUCCUUACCAGGAUGAUGAAGAUGACCAAACCGAGCGGGGGAGUGACAACCUCAGAAGAAGCAACCACAUGGGGAGUAGAGACCACCAUGGGAAGAAAGGGAACAGAGAAAACCCAUCGAUGCACUUCUACAAUAGCAGUGAGAACUCCUCGCACAGCUCCCUCGACGUAAACGAAAUUCUACAAACAAGGACCAACGGACGAGUGGAAAAAAAAAACAGAAACACUUACAUCCUGCAACAUAAGGAGCGAAUUAGGGAAAGGAAAAAUGAAAAAAAAAACAAAAAAAAUAAUAGCAGUCAUAGUAACAAUUUGAAGAAUAACUUUUUAAAAAUUACCAAAACGACAAAGGAUAAUGUCAAGAGGGCCAGCAUCGCCACCGUCAUGCUCGAGAAUCUGUCUAACCGGGACCCCGACAGCGACUUCGGGAGCGAGUUUAGUAGUGGCAACAGUGGAAGCGGUGAAAACGGCGAUCGAAGCGAAAAUCACUACCGAGAUGGCACAGACAAUUUGAGUUAA